AUGCCCUCGCUGUGCUCGCCACCCACGUCGCCCGACACCAGCUCGUCCGCGCUGGUGUCUGAUGUGGCGCCCUCGUCGUACCUGGACGGCACCAACCUAUCGCACACCGACAGCUCCUCCCUCUCCGGCCCUGACGGCGCCGCCCGCCGCCCCUCCAUCCAGUUCAACACCGCCGGCUCCGAGGCGCGCCUGCGCGAGCGCUCGCUGUCGUUGCGGAAGAGCCGCGUGCAAGCCCUACGCCGCCGCCCCUCGUCGCCACCUCCCCCGAGAUUUGUUGCCACAUCUUCAUCGGGAGGCGCGCCCCCCCCGCGCGCGAUGCAGUCCGCAGAGCCGCCCGAGUCUGACCGUGCGCUGACGCCCUCUCAUAAACGCUCUAGUUCGUACAAUCGUGGCGUCUCCUUUGACACCUUUGACAACCGCGAUGCCACCGAUUUCUCCUUGACGCUCAAUUACAAGCACAAGGACUACCAUAGCAGCCGCCGCAGCCGGACCUUCCUGUGCGGCGCCGACCAGAACGACUACUCUGACUUUGCGCUGGAGUGGCUGAUCGACGAGCUGGUGGACGAUGGCGAUGAGAUUGUGUGCCUACGCGUCGUCGAGAACCACUCCAAGAUCGCCAGUGAUAAUAGUAUCGAGAGUGGGAAAUACCGCAAAGAAGCGGAGAAGCUAUUCGAGCAAGUGAUUGCGAAGAACAGUCAUGAUGAAAAAGCCAUCAGCCUGGUGAUGGAGCUGGCUGUGGGCAAAGUUCAAGAUAUUAUACAGCGAAUGAUCCAAAUCUACGAACCUGCCGCACUCAUCGUUGGGACGCGAGGUCGCAGCCUCGGCGGCAUGCAGGGUCUGCUUCCAGGCUCUGUAUCGAAAUACUGCCUUCAGCAGUCCCCCAUACCGGUCAUAGUCGUACGCCCUUCUCAAAAGCGUGAGAAGAAGAAACAAAAGCGCCUAGCAGACCCCUCGCGACGAAGCUAUAACCAUAUCCUGCGGCUCAGCAACGCCAAAGGCGACAAUAUAUUCGACACCACAAGCGCGAAUAGCAGCACCUCGCGACUACCGGAGCACGAAGAGGCCGCAGCUGUUGCGGAGGCCAUCGGUCUGCCGUCGAGCAGCGUGACGGACUUGCACCUGGAGCGCAGCUCGAAGCGGUCCUCGAAGGACUACACCUCGAGCCAGGCCAGUGAUGUUGGUGAUACAGAAUCCAUUGGGCGCGGCAGCAUUUCCACCAAUCCCAAUCCUGAAUCCCCUUCGCUCGACUUUUCGAAUGUCGUUCUCAAGAGCCCCGGGCUGCCAGAGAGUCCCCUGGCCAGCGAGGAUGAUGAGCAGGAGGAGGUUGACGAUGAAGAUGACGACGAUAGCUCCAAGGAAAGCAGGCUUGAUCAGAACACUGCCGAUGAUGCCAAGGAUGUGACGCUUCCUAUCAUUCCCAGUGUUAACAUUUCGAAUGCGUCUGAUGAGGAAGACAAGUUGGAGAAGCAGACGCAAGCUGGAAAGAACGAUGGUCAAGAUGACAUUUCUGGGGUCGUGCAAUAA